AGAUGGUGGUGGGUGCGGACGGGGACUCUUAUUCUGAAGUUGUCUCUGGGCGCUAGUCUGAUAGCGGAAGUUCGUGCCUCUGGAAGCUGCAGUUCAGGCGGAUCCCGUCAGUGUCUAUCACAAACUUUCUGUCAAACCCGAAAAACACACGCUAUCCGGUGAAAUGGGGGAUAAGGAGUUGAUGUGGGCCCUGAAAAACGGAGAUCUGGAUGAGGUGAAGACUCUCCUGGUUAAGGCGGAGGAUGUGAACCGGACUCUGGAGGGAGGCAGGAAGCCGCUUCACUACGCUGCAGACUGCGGUCACGCCGACAUGCUGGAGUUUCUGCUGUCUAAAGGAGCCGAUGUGAACGCUCCAGAUAAACACGGCAUCACCCCUCUGCUGUCCGCCACUUAUGAGGGUCACAUGAGCUGCGUCAAGAUUCUUCUAGAAAAGGGUGCUGAUAAGGAACGGAAGGGUCCAGAUGGUCUCAGUGCGUUCGAGGCGGCCGAGAGUGAGGCCAUCAAAGCUCUACUGAAGUGAGUCGGACGCUGCCGGCAGCGGAGAGGUUCUGACCACAACCACUGGAUCCCGCAAACACACACACACAGACACACACACACCUCUCUGUCUCUGCCCGCUGGCUGCAUCAGCUCCUCUAGGUUUCCUUUUGUUUUGUUUUUCUUCAUGACCUUUUUUAUUUUAUUUUAGGGGAGGUGCCUGAUUUUCCCCUUUAGUUUAUCCAGCGUCAGCCAUUGGCUGAUGGACCUGUCACUCAUGCCUAUGGACCAAUGGGAACGCCUGUCUAACACCACUAAACACGGACUUUAGAGUUCAGACUACAGCGUGCAGACUCUGCGAGCGAGUGUAUGAUGAUGAUGAUGUGUACAUUAAUUUUUCAGACUGUUGCGAUUGCAAUUAGAAACAAAUGGUUUGUAUAGUUAAUAGGGCUCUGAAAACGCUGGAAAAAUGCUAGCUGAUGAAUUUACCUGCACUCCAGCCCCACGUUUCCCCUCCUUCAGCUCAACGACAUUCCCGCAGCUGUCGCAUUAGCUGUUUAAAGAACAAAUAUUACACUUCAGAUGCUUGAAUCAUUCUGCUGAUGCGCACAUUUUGCUUUUGUGCCCCUUUGAAUUUGUGUUGUUGUGGCAAAAAUAAAUGAAUUCUCAGCUGCUGUGUGCUUGUAGUGUUAAACAGGACUGUUCAGAUGAGGGACGUCUGUCUCUCUCUCUCUGUCUCCAGCAGGACGUGUCUCACUCCGCUCUCAUGCCGAGAUGUCGCCCUCUCCAGAUUAUCUCACUCUUUUAGGCCGUCUCUCUCUCUCUCUCUCUCUCUGCAUGAUGGUGUUUUAGCUUUUGAAGACAGUCUUAAACAAAAAUGCACAUUGAUUAGCAAAUGAACACUUCAAAGAUCCAUAUCUGGCAUUGUUGUGAAAAAGUCCGUUUGAAAACAAAAAAUAAAACUAUUUCAAAUGA